AUGCCGCAUCACUUGGUUUUUCUCUUCUGCCAUGUAGUUCGAGCCUCCUCCGUCAAAACGCCGCAGCCCAAACCUACAUCGCUGUCUUCGAAACAAGCUGCACCGAUUGGUACGAGAAACCGUGUGUCAAAGUUACGACAAGAAUGUCUUUCCCCCGACCACCACCGCUGUGUGGCGUCUCGAAAGUUUGAUAGAGCUGAAGUCAAGAAACGGCUUGACACAAAUGGGGAUAGCACAGAUGAUGACAGGAAACCCUUGAGGGAUCUAAAUAAUGAUGAAUUUGAAUGUCUAGAAGUGGCCCACAUAAUUCCUCACUCGCUCACAUUCAUCUCUCCUGAAGACUUACAGCCUCUCCUCCCUAGUGGAGGCCUUCUCGCGCUGCGGACCUUGGUGGUUGGUGACACAAACGGGAGAAAUAUGAAGUUCGUUACCGUCGCCCUCGUCGCCAUCUCCCUCCUCUCCACUCCCGCCAGCUUCGUUCUCGGACAAGACCCAGGCCCUUCGCCGACGGAGUCAGUCGGUUGUACGCCGCAUGGCGAUCACUGGCACUGCGCUGGUCCCCGCCUACCAACCGGUGCUACUAAGGACACUGCAACCCGUACCGCUGCAGACCCAGGCCCUAGCCCUACGGAAUCUGUAGGCUGCAAGCCGCAUGGUGAUCAUUGGCACUGCGCUGGUCCCCGCCUAUCAACCAACGCAGUAACUACGGGCUCUGCAGCUCCUACCACCGCAGACCCAGGCCGCGCGACGGCGACAGCGACAGCGACGGCGACGGCCGCGGGGACGGGGGAGGCGGGGGGCAUUGGGGGGGAGACCCCAGUCCCGACGGCAGGCGGCGCUGUGGCUAAUUUUUUUAAGCUGAACCAGUGCGUGGGUGUGGUUGGGGUUGUUAUUAUUGUGAUGAUGAUGUGAUAUGAUGUGUGGCUUGUCAGCUUUCAAGAUAUGCGUCACAUGUCACUUAUAUAUAUACCCAGCGGAAGAGGGCAGAGAGAGAACGUUUGAGGAGGAAAAUUUGAUAUACUACUGUAUAUAUAUAUAUAUGUAUCUGCCUGUCUUUUCAACAGAGCCUAUUGCUACAUGUCUGGUGCCUAUGGUGCCCUUGCGAUUCCUUGCGAUUGACUCCGUUGGGUUUCCAUGUUGCCCCGUAAAUAGAGCAGAACUACAUAGAUAAACUUAUCAUGGCAGCCAUCAUUCAAAAUCAUACCACCGUUCUAUCAAUUUUCUAUCGUUGC